AUGAACAAUACACCCCAGUUUCUGGUGAGGGACACUUUCACUACAGCCAUUGUGAAGAACUUCAUCGUCGUCCUUGUGUGGUUCAGCUUGAGUUACAUCAAUGGGAGUGUGGUUGCUACUUUCUUUAGAAACCAGGUGUUUUACGAGGACCCCCGCUACAUCCUCUUCAUUCACAUGGUCAUAAACGAUGCCGUCCAGCUGACAGUCACAAUCAGCCUGUUUGUAGUUAGCUACAUCUUUUACACCAUUAACGUGUCCAUCUGUUGCUUCUUUAUCCUGGUGGCUGUCUUCACCACCCGUAACACACCCAUCAACCUAGCAGGUAUGGCUAUUGAACGUUACAUAGCCAUUUGUGAGCCCCUACGCCACGCUCAGAUCUGCACAGUGCGGCGCACCUACUACCUCAUCUGCUUUAUCUGGUUUGUGUGUGUGGUUCCUGACAUCACUGAUCUCUUUGUGACCCUGGCAACCGAGUCCCUUACCUUCUUCCACACCUCUGUGUUCUGUAUUAGGCAGAAUGUGUUCAAGGAUCCAGUGCUGCUGUACAAAAGACAGGCCUUUGAUGCCCUCUAUUUCUCCUUUGUCUUUCUCACUCUGGUCUACACAUACUUGCGUGUCCUGUUCGCGGCGCGUGCCCUCUCUACGGAGAAGACAUCAGCGCAGCGGGCGCGGAACACCAUCCUGCUGCACGGUGCACAGUUGCUUAUGUGUUUGCUGUCCUACAUCUCUCCCAGUGUGGAGGUCAUUCUGCACAUGAUCUUCCCUGGCAGGAUUCUGGAGAUUCGCUAUGCCAACUACCUCAUUGUUUACAUCCUCCCUCGCUUCCUCAGCCCCAUUAUCUAUGGGGUGCGGGAUAAGAAAUUUCGGAAAUAUCUGAAGAGAUAUUUCAUCUGUUGCAUCUGCAGGGUGUCUGGAAGGGUUGAUCAAGAAGAGAAUGAAAAUAAAGCAUCCCCUUAG